AUGAAACAAGGAACUGUGAUAUGGAAGGCCACCCAAGUAUUAACUCUUCAAGAUUUAGGCCCCAACCACCCCAUUUACAUCGGACUACCAACACCACCGCAAACAAAGGUUCGAAUUCCCCUUCCCCACCGGUCGAAAAUCGCUUCUCCUUACAAGCCCAACAUCCGAUUGAUGGGUUCGAUUAUCCUCUUCUGGUUAUAUAAAGGUUGUAUUUCAUAUUGGAGUAGACAACAACCUAACCACGGCCACACGACAACAUUUUCUAAUAUUUAUCACCCACCUCAACCGGUAACCACUGGUGCAGUUGACCCAUUGGCUGGUGGUGGACCAUGUAGUGUCGACAUGGUGGGACCUGCAACAGCAGCUAGUGUCUAUCAGCAGCAACAACCCCAAGCAACUCAAAUCAACUGGCCUAACAACUACUAAAUUUCGUGAUGACUACUUAUAUACUCAGAUGGUGCUGGGAAGACACUUUCAGUAGGCUGCAAGGGUGCAAUUUGCAUUUGGUCUGUUUCAUAUAGGUUCUAGAGUUAGAUGGACUCUUGUGGAUUUUCUUCGAGGCCAUGGUGAUGAAC